UGUAAUAUCGUGGAACUGUCAUGUCGUAAGAGUCCACUCUCGGCCUCGGCAUUGCUUAUAAAAAUGAACGUAAAAAUGCGAAUAAUCGAAAUACGUUGUCACUUUACGAGAGAACGCUUUGCCUAAACGAGACUAACGUCUUGACUUAUGCUCAUUUUAAUAUUAUGUAACGAUUGUUUGUAUGUACUUUAUUGAGUUCUAACCUCAAUCUCAACAAGUGUGAUGCUCGUUUUACGCGGACUCCAGAAUUCAAAUUCCCUCGUUGUGUUGGGUGGCCUCGCUUUGUGUCUUUUAUUUAUGAUUCAAAUAAAACAAAUCUAUAAUAACAAUCAAAAAUAUAACAGAUAUCUGAACUAUAAGCAAUAUAUGAAUGAAAUAGCGACAGAAUUGAGGGCAGUAGUAAAAUCCAUCAACAAAUCAUCGGCUUAUGUUCAUCAAUUAAAUGAAAUGCUUACCAAGUAUCGCGAAAGAGAGUCAAAGAAUACAUCAACAUCAAGAGCUACUUUACCAUCGUAAAUACCUUAGGAGUUUAAAUUAAGAUUACCUGAAAAGUCGGAGAUACGUAAAAGUCCUGAUCGAUAGGAAAUGGCAUUCUGUAGUUAAUAUUAUGUAUAAGUUUGUGGCGUUUAGUUCUAAUCGCACGCAUAGGAUAAUACAUGUAUGAUCUUUCUAAUAGAAGACAGUGUAUUGCAUUUAUAUAUGUAUAUACCUUCAAGAAGCAAUGGUAAAAGUGAUUUGCCAGUAAGUUGCGGAAAAGACACUUCAUUGGAAUCUUCAUCCAUCAUCCAACAUCUGGCCACAUCUCACCACAUCUGGCGAUACUGACCACGUCACCACGUGACCACUCUGUCAUAGCCACACUCACUCACACAAGGCACGAGGCACGACUCGACACUCGACACGUCAAACCGGCCACGUAUAUACGUACAUAUACGCCUCUUUUUUCGUUACCUCCGGGAAUUCCGAGUUGCUCCGAAUGCGUUGGGAUAGGUUACAAUUACAUGGCAUUUCUCGGCACGUGAUUUAAAAUCUCACUCUUCGAUAAACUCCUUCAUCUCGAAGCUGAUUGUAAUAAAAAAAGCUGAUGGCUUAUAAUCAUUUAAUAUAAUUUUAAAGAGAGCUCGAGUGGUUAAACGAUAUAAGAUUACGUCAUGUCGAACAAGAUUAUUUGCCUGUUUGACGUGGAUGGCACACUCACCGAACCACAGCAGCCGAUCAGUUCUGAGGUUGAAAAGUUUCUCCUAGAAACUGUAAAGAAAGAGUUUGACAUUGCUGUUGUCGGAGGCUCUGAUUUAAACAAAAUUCGAGACCAGCUAGGUGGUAGAAAUCUCUUUGAAAAGUAUAAGUAUGUCUUUGCGGAAAAUGGCCUUAUCGCUUUCAAAAAUGGCAAAGCUUUACCGUCCCAAUCGAUCCAGGAUAUGCUUGGAGAGGAUGCUCUGCAGGAUUUUAUAAAUUUCGUCUUGCGAUACAUAUCUGAGCUCAAGCUGCCAUUUAAGCGUGGAACAUUUAUAGAAUUCCGUACGGGCAUGAUGAACGUUACACCAGUAGGACGGAAUUGCAGCAAGAAAGAACGCAAACAAUUUCAUGAAUACGACAAUGAACAUCAUAUUCGUGAAAAAUUCAUACAGGUCCUUAAAAAGGAGUUUCCUGAUUUGGGUCUGACUUACAGUAUCGGGGGACAAAUCUCUUUCGAUGUUUUUCCCAUCGGUUGGGAUAAAACAUAUUGCUUGCGUCAUAUCCAGGGAUAUGACGAAAUACACUUCUUCGGUGACAAAACUGCCGAAGGCGGUAACGAUCACGAGAUUUACGAGAGCGAUCUGACGGUAGGACACCGCGUCACUUGUCCCAAGGAUACCGUGAACCAAGUGGACGUCCUUAUGACACUGGUAAAAGAAAAUAGGGAGAAGGAGCAGCUUAAUGUUCCAAUGCAAUGUGUCUGAGGCCUAAAAAUUAUUUUUCUAGGUCGAGAUAAAUGUGCAUUUUUAAUUAGUAUUGUGUACAUUGUAAUAGAUUCACUUAACUUCUUAUUUCUACCACGUAUAUUACAUUCCUGACGAUGAAAGUAUAGUAUUUAACUUGUAUAGUUUCAAGUAGUAUUUCUGAGCACUCUAAAAUUCUAGGCACAUCUGUUUUCACGCACAUUAGAAAUAUAUUUGUACAUAUGCUCUUUUGUGGUCGUUUUAUUAUCUCAUUUGAUAUACAGAAGUCAUAAACGUUGAAUAAAAAGGUUAUUGGUAUUAA